CUCCUAACACAAACCAAAAACCAAAAACCCAAAACACAAACCUGAAACCUUCAUAUGGGCAAAGAGAACUGGACCAUGACUCCAACCCUAUGUGACUCCUGUAAAACGACGUCGGCCAGUUUAUUCUGCAAAGCAGACUCCGCCUACCUAUGCAUCCCAUGCGACGGCAAGGUGCAUGCCGCGAACAAACUCGCGACGCGCCACCCGCGCGUGUGGAUGUGUGAGGUCUGUGAGCAAGCUCCAGCGAGCAUCACGUGCAAGGCCGACGCCGCAGCCCUAUGCGUCACAUGCGACCGCGAUAUUCACUCCGCUAACCCCCUGGCUCGCCGCCACGAGCGGGUUCCGGUGGUUCCGUUUUACGAUCCGGCCACCGAGGUGGCCAAGGUCGGCGGCAGAGGUGAAAUGAUCGAUCAUAAUUACUUACUGGAUUUUGACAUUAACGUCUCGGUUGAAGCGGAGGCUGCGUCUUGGAUACUACCAGAUCCGAAUCCGAAUCCUAAUCGGAAAUUUAAUAAAAAUGCUGAUGUGUCAGAUAAUGAUGAUCUGAAAGUUACUGAAUUGGAAUCUGAGUACUUGUUUAACAACGAGAUCGAUCCGUACAUCGAUAUGGAUCUGAAAACACCGGAUCAGAUUCAAAAACCUAAACAGAUCGGUCAUAGAUAUGAUUCUCCAACCGACGGAGUCGUUCCGGUCCAGAACGAUAUCAGUAAUCAUCAUUAUCAAAUGCAACAACAAGAGAACACACGCUCAAAUGAAUACGCUAGUUCAGAUGUGGUAGAAGGAUUACCUGCUUACGACAUCGAUUACACCGGAUCUAAACCGUUCAUGUACAAUUUCACAUCGCAAUCGAUCAGCCAAAGUGUAUCAUCAUCAUCACUAGAGGUUGAAGUAGGCGUAGUCCCGGGCCACACCGAAACAUCUUCGGAUGUUUAUCCGACGCCUUUGAUUGGACUGGAUCGAGAAGCUAGGGUUUUGAGGUACAGAGAGAAGAGGAAGAACAGAAAGUUUGAGAAGACGAUUCGAUAUGCUUCGAGGAAGGCGUAUGCAGAGACAAGGCCAAGGAUCAAAGGAAGGUUUGCGAAGCGAACGGGAUUUAAUGUGGAAUCCGGUGAUGUGUUUGUGUCGCCGGAGUGUUCGUACGGCGUCGUUCCGUCGUAGUGAUAAUGUGGUUUUUGCAUGUGUAUAUAUGUUAUUGAAUAUUAGGUGUGACUCAACGGUCGAUUUUGGGUUCGUUGUGUUAUAUAUUUGAGUACUGAUCUUAAUUUAUUUUGAAUUUGUAAAGUUUUUUUACUUUUAGUCUUUAUGUGAA